AUGUUUUCCUAUAGAACUAAGACUGUCAAGAAGGCUUCUCGUGUUGUCAUCGAAAAGUACUAUCCUCGUCUCACUUUGGACUUCCAAGUCAACAAAAAGAUCCUCGAUGAAGUCUCCAUCAUCCAAUCUAAGCGUCUCCGUAACAAGAUUGCUGGUUUCACCACCCACUUGAUGAAGCGUAUUUCUCGUGGUCCCGUCCGCGGUAUUUCCUUCAAGUUGCAAGAAGAGGAGCGUGAGCGUCGUGAUAACUACGUUCCCGAAUUCUCUGCUUUGGAUACCUCUCUCAUUGAGGUUGAUCCCGAGACCAAGGAACUCCUCAAGGCUAUCAACUUUGAGAACUUGCCUGGUGUCCAAGUCACCAACCCUGUUGCUGCUCAAGCUGAUGUCCGUCGUGGUCGUCGUGAGAACCGUGGACCUCGUGCUCCCCGUACUCAAACCGAGUCUGCUUAA